GGCUCCACAGUCCCUUUGUUGCCGGAAAGCUGUACGAGAAUGCUAGGACACAAUGAUCUUCCGAGUGCCUGCAGGUUGGAUAAUGAAGGUUCAUCCCAGGAAGAGGAGGAAGAGCAUGCUGAGAAAAUCAUCUCAAACCCAGACGGUCUGUUCCCCAACUGUUCCCAGACGGUGGCUGGUUUUCUUCAGGCUGAGCUGGAACUCAGCGCCCGGCUGCGCACUUUGACCUUUAAGGAUCCGGUGCGUUAUGUGUACAACCCGCUGGAGUACGCAUGGAACACACACCAUCUCUUUGUUGAGAAAUACUGCCACAGCGGACAGAGCGUCCUGUUCCUGGGGAUGAACCCUGGGCCGUUCGGCAUGGCGCAGACCGGAGUUCCAUUCGGUGAGGUAAAGGCUGUGCGUGACUGGCUGAAGAUCUCCGGCGAGGUGGGUCAUCCUCCUAAUGAGCAUCCGAAACGUCCAAUUAGAGGCUUUCUCUGCUCUCAGAGUGAAGUGAGCGGCGCUCGGUUCUGGAGUUUCUUCCAGCAGCUCUGUGGAGAACCUGAACGCUUUUUCCGUCACUGUUUUGUCCAUAACUUGUGCCCGCUGAUGUUUAUGAGUGAGACAGGGAGGAAUGUGACGCCCCCCGAGAUGCCCGCUGAGGACCGAGAUGCCCUGUUGGUCCACUGUGAUGCCGCACUGUGCCAGGUGGUACGCGCCCUUGGCGUGUCCAUGGUGAUCGGUGUGGGCAAGGUGGCAGAGCAGCGAGCGCGGCGUGGCCUCGCUGAAGCAGGACUGCAAGUGAAGGUGGAGGGAAUCAUGCAUCCUUCACCCAGGAACCCACUGGCCAAUAAGGGCUGGGCUUCUGUAGCUCGUGCCAAAUUAGAGCAGAUCGGGGUGUUGGGUUUGCUCACACAGUGACUAAAUACUUACAGAAUGUUUUUAUGUGUAAAUAUUGUUUUAUAUAAAGAACACUACACUACACUCAGAGCGCCUUUUACCUCAAAUAUCGUCAAUCAGACGAGUCGUUCUGUGUCUGAAACUCGCUUCACAAUGCAAUGCUAAUUGGCUAAAUCACAUCAUGGUCACAAAAAGAAAGGAAGAAAGAUACAUACAUAAACUCAAAUGGAAUGAUAUGUAAUAAAAAUGACAACAGAAUGUUGUAAAGAAAAGAAAAAACGAAAGAAAGAACGAGAAACACAUCUUAUCUGUGCUGAAUGAAUCUGUAAAUAUUAUAUACAGAAAGUGGGCGGAGUCUCUUUUAUAUUGUAUUUUCAUGUGUCACAGCUCUUUACACUUGUUUUAUUAAAUCUGGUCCCUUAAAAGACGUUUUAUUAAAAUCCAGUCCGAGCAAAUCGGCUAAUUACGUGUGAUUAGAUUCAUAUGAACAUUGUUCUGUUAUUUAAACGGAUCAUCAGACGCUGUAAUGUUCUGUAAAAAUCUUAUUUGUCUCAGAACAUGUGACUACAUUAAACAUGAGUUUCUCUUUUCUCUCCA